CGUAGUGAGCUAUGCCUGUGGUGUCAACAUUGCCUGCCUCCGCUCAUUAUUUGGCUGAAACUCAGCAAAACGGGCACGGGAUUGCUUCGUUUACCAACGAUUGCUCUUCCCUGGGCAAUCAUUUACGUUUUUGGUCAUUCGUAAGUGUUGCCCAUGUUCCACAAAUGCUAGAAUUUACUAUCAAAAUGGUUUGUUUACAUCUGAACAGAGGUCAUAGCGAGCUCCCAGCCGUAGCAUGGCUGUGUUGAUGUUUUCAUUUGAUUGGACGGUGUACGGGCUACGCAGCUGCUUGUUGUUAUAAUCGGUUAUUUCUGGAUAUAAUUAUUCCUACAAGGCUGUCGAAGAAUCUGUAAAUGCACCAGCCCUUUGUAGAAUCUCAUUGUCAAGGUCAGCUUAGUUGUAAACUAAGCAGACGAUUUUUUACUGUCAAACCUCCAAACAGCUGACUGAGUGCGAGCGAUGCGUCUCCAUUUGACAUUAUGAAUAUACACAACCAGGGACCACGUCAAGUGUUUCUUUACAACCACGGACGCACACACUGGACCCAGGGAGGACCCAUCUUUUAUGAUCAUAGACGUAUCAAUCAUCAAGUAGCAAUCGGAACUGGACAAUUUCAGGGACAGUGGUUUCGGGGCCCCGUAGUUCCAGCUGGCCCACAGAACUCUCCUCCAUUCCAGAAUUUUCGUGUGAAUAUUUCAUGGAACGGUCCUCUUAACGGUCCCUUUCACAACAACCUGAAUAUACAUUUUGGUAGGAACUUUGUCAAUCGUGUUCACUACAGAACAAAUAUGAUUGGUGGAAGACAGGCACCCCAGCCAAUGCUAGGGGUUGAUGAGGACACAGAGUUGUGUUUCAUCUGUGGUGACUAUCUCCAGAACUGUAAUGAGCCUGGUGUUCACAUGUGUGAUGGGGGACGAGACAGUUCUUCCAGGUGUAAUCAAAAUGCAAGACAUUCAUCUGAUGCAGACCAAAGGCAGGCAGAAAUUAACAAAGACAAUAAUAUCAAGACAAAGUUAGAAACUGUUCUUCAGAAUGUACAAGACAGUUUGAAAAAUGACUACAAAACAGUAUCAGAAGCACUUGAAAAGUACCUUGCGGAUCGCAUCAGUGAGAUCAGCACAAUACACAGAGAAGUGAGCUCUCGUCGAGAGGCUCUGACCAAGCUACAACUGGAACUGGAAGCCAGGACCAAGGACCUGGAAGUGAAGGAGAAGAAGCUGGUGGAAUCCCAGAACCAGUUCACCAAGGAAAGGCAACGAUGGGUGGAGGACAGCGAGAAGGAGAGGAUGGAAAUCGCACGUCAGUGGCAGCAGCUCAAGGAUGAGAUCACACGCAUGGAAGAGCUCCAUGAUGUACAGAAAGGGCGUGUGAAGCUUGAUGUGGGCGGCCAUGUUUACACGACAUCCUUGCUGACCUUGACCCGUGAUGCUGAGUCCAUGUUGGCGGCCAUGUUCAGUGGACGCCAUGAGAUACGCGUGGAGCAGGAUGGCACAGUGUUUAUUGACCGUGACGGCACACACUUUCGCCACAUCCUCAACUAUUUGCGAGACGGUGGAGUGACGGUUGAUUCCUUGCCUAGGAGCAGACAGGUCCUGAAGGAACUCCGCAAUGAAGCUGUUUAUUACCAGCUGCAUGGCUUAGUGCAGCAAAUAGAGAAAUUUCUCUAACUAUUCCAUCUUGCCUUCUCAAUACAAUCCAAAUGCUUACACCAGAAAUUACCCUGGUUUGACAUCACAAAUCUAUGUCUUGACAGCCAAAGAUAUCAGAUUCAUCCUAUAGCAGCAAUGCAAUGAACACACAACACUGCCAAAGUUUACAUAUUCAGGUUGGAGUGAGCAGCAGAAAUUGGGAAAGUUCAGACUUCUAAUAAAACACCUGUGAAAUUGUUCAUAACUAAAUUACUUUUCAGAAACAUGAUAUAAGAAAAAUAUCUUGAAGCUAAAGGACUCUGUAAGCACACUGGAUCCUAGGAUAGUUCAUACAGUAUGGUUACUUUUUUUCUGCUUUGAGCAUACUCUGGCGCCCAUUACUAUGCUCUGUUGGUGUUUGGUGGAGGUAUUUUAGACUGUAUUGUUCAUUCUACUUAAAAUGCCAAUAUUAACAAAUUUGAUUUCUGAAAACUAGAAAUCAUAGUGAAGUAGCACAAUUUGUGUCUUGUGUUUCAGAUGAAACAGAUAAUGUGUAUUACUUUGGGGCCAUCUUAAUUACAGCGAUCAUGCUUAACAAUAUGGAAUACAUGAAAGGUUUACUAAACUGAAUAUUAUUUUAUAAUGCUAUCUAUUAUUAUGUACACUACAGGGAAGAAACUAGGAAUGUUUGCUCAUAAUGAUAUACAUGUUUUGAGGCUACAAUCAUGACAGAUUUGCAGAGAAAAUAAUCAAACAUUAACAAUCAUGUUUUACUUAUCAUAUCAAUUUGUUUGUUUAUUACCCAUGUGGAAAUAACUGAGAUUAAUAAUCUUAAAUUACACUUGAUAUAUACAGUCCAUGUAAAUCAAAUAUCUCCAUGUUAACACAUGAAGAAGAUAAUAUGUAAACAGAUUUUAUGAGACUCUGUUUAUUGCAUUUGUGGAAAUACAGACAAUUUUAAUCUUAGAAAAUUUUUAACAUGUUCCUUAACAGUCCUUGUAAUUUAAUGCUUUUCAGUAAACAUUUGAUAAACAAUAUACUGCUAAAAAGUAUAUUUUAUAAGCAUAGUGAAACUAAAGUAUGGUGUCCCAUGUUUCUAAAGAAGCCAAGAAUCACGCAUUCUCUUCCCACAAAGGUUACUCCUGUCAUAUCUUCCUACGUAACCUCUGUUCUAAUACGGCCUGGGCACAAUGUGUG